AUGUCCGCGGCGGCCACCUGCGCAGUCCACAGAGCUUAUUGUGUCAAAAUCGGUUUCAUGCGCGUCAACAGUUUGUGGCAGCGCAACAUUGCUGGACGUCUUGCCUUUACUCCCGCAUUCCGGCUGUAUUCCGUCCAGUCUCAAUUCCCUUCUCCAACAAGGACUCAUAGUCAACCGCAACAUAUUGAAUCCCGAGCCGAGACCGAGCUCAAGGAAUUCUUCAAACGUGUACCAUGGCCGACAACGCGCCAGGAGGAGCGGACGCUGGUGGCAAGCGUAGGAACCGUAAUAUGGGAAGGUCAGAAUGGAGCCCGAGAUAAGAGAAAGCGCGCCGAGGAAAGGGAAGAGGCGAAGCGUCGCAAGAUUGAGAAUGGCGAGGACGUUGUGAUUCCAAUCUACGCGACUGAGUUUUCCAAGGAGGAUAUUGAAAACGAAGAGCGACGGCCCAAGAAGAAAGUCGCCCUUAUGAUCGGGUAUUCAGGAACAGGCUACUACGGCAUGCAAUUAAUUGAGGACAAGCCAACCAUUGAAGGGGAGCUCUUCUCUGCCUUGGUCGCUGCUGGCGCGGUCUCCAAAGCCAACGCAACCGACCCGAAAAAGUCUUCUUUCAUUCGAUGUGCGCGUACGGAUAAAGGUGUUCACGCCGCGGGCAAUGUUGUGUCUCUGAAAAUGAUCAUCGAGGACUCCGACAUUGUUGAGAAAAUCAACUCGCACCUGAGUCCCCAAAUUCGCGUUUGGGGCUUGGAACCUACGGCCAAGAGCUUCAGCUGCUACCAGAUGUGUGACUCCCGCGUGUACGAAUAUCUGCUGCCUACUCAUUGUCUCCUCCCGCCUCAUCCCAGCACCUAUCUCGGAAAGAAGAUCGUGGAGCUCGCGGAGCAAGCCGGCGACUUGGAUGCCGUGAACGCGCGACAAGAAGAGGUCGCGGGGUACUGGAAUCAAGUGGAUGAGGAGUACAUCAAGCCCAUCCUUGAAAGCGCCCCCGAGGACAUUCGCAACAUUAUCCAACAAUCACUAUUCUCCACAGACUCAGCUCCCCAAGAUCUCGAAAACGAGGAUGUGCCUCAGGUCCAAACUGCCGACAAGCCUGCCGAGGAAGCUGCUCAGUCCGAGGGAAUGGACGCUGCGCGCGAGUCCAAGAGCGACGAGCCUUUUGUCAUGGAUCCUCGCCAAAAGCUUAUCCUCGACACUACCAAGGCGAUCAAAGCAGCCUACAUGAAGGCCCGACGAUCUUACCGAGCACCCGCUUCCCGCAUCGCGCGGCUGCAAGAGGCUCUGGAUCGAUAUGUGGGUACACCCAACUUCUACAACUACACGAUUCAAAAGACCUUCAAAGAUCCGUCGGCCAAACGCCACAUCAAAUCGUUCAAUGUGAACCCGACUCCGGUGGUCAUCAAUGGAACUGAGUGGCUCAGUCUGAAGGUCCAUGGCCAGAGUUUCAUGAUGCACCAGAUUCGCAAAAUGGUGGCCAUGGCCGCCCUCGUUGUUCGAUGCGGCUGCCACCCCGAUCGGAUUAAAGAUUCAUACGGCCCCGACCGGAUCGCUAUUCCCAAAGCCCCUGGUUUGGGUCUACUGCUUGAGCGACCCAUCUUCGACAGCUACAAUGCAAAGGCAGCUAGCCUAGGUCGAGGACCGGUCCAUUUCGAGCGCUUUACCAAGGAGAUGGAUGAGUUCAAGCAGCGUGAAAUCUACGAUCGAAUCUUCCGUGAAGAAGAGCAAACUGCAGCAUUCGGCAAUUUCUUCAACCAUAUUGACCACUUCCAGACGAACUUCUUCCUGUACUGUACAUCUGGAGGAAUCGCUGCGGCCAAGCUCAUCUCUGCCCCCGGUGGCACUCAAGCGGCCGCGACGGGUGGAGAAAAGGCCGGAAAUGACUCAGGCCGUGCUUUGGCUCAAGUGGAAUCAGAGGACGAAGGCGCGCUACCGACGAACGGGGAAGAGGAAGGCUAA